CUCAGCUCUUGUCUCCUGCAGGACCUUACCUGUUCCUCGCUCCAGCGCUGUACAGUCCGCAGUCUCUGGUCAUCCCCUGCACUGUCUGCAGUCUCUGGUAAUCUGUACUAUGUCCCUGGUAUUUUCCCUGUACUAUGUCCGCAGUCUCUGGUCAUCUGUACUAUGUCCGCAGUCUCUGGUCAUCUGUACUAUGUCCGCAGUCUCUGGUCAUCUGUACUAUGUCCGCAGUCUCUGGUCAUUCCCUGUACUGUGUCUGCAGUCUCUGGUCAUCUCCUGUACUGUGUCCGCAGUCUCUGGUCAUCUCCUGUACUGUGUCCACAGUCUCUGGUCAUCUCCUGUACUGUGUCCACAGUCUCUGGUCAUCUCCUGUACUAUGUCCGCAGUCUCUGGUCAUCCCCUGUACUGUGUCCGCAGUCUCUGGUCAUCUCCUGUACUGUGUCCGCAGUCUCUGGUCAUCUCCUGUACUGUGUCCGCAGUCUCUGGUCAUCUCCUGUACUGUGUCCGCAGUCUAUGGUCAUCUCCUGUACUGUGUCCGCAGUCUCUGGUCAUCUGCUGUACUGUGUCCGCAGUCUCUGGUCAUCUGCUGUACUGUGUCCGCAGUCUCUGGUCAUUUCCUGUACUGUGUCCGCAGUC